AAUACACAGCAACAGCGGCACCUCUUCCUCAUCAUCUCUCUCUCUCUCUCUCUCUCAACUUGUUUUCUUUCUUCAUUUGUCUUCAAAGAAGCCGAAAAACCAGCAGAGACUCCAACAAAUCUCUCAUUCUCUUCUUCAUCAAUGCCUGCUCAGAGGCGGUCUUCGCUAGACAAUCACCAGCCCAACAACGAUGACCAACACCAACCACAGCACGACUCUGCUCACCACAAUCUCCACGCCAAGCCAUCACAACAUCUAGAUAAUAAACCACCACUCCAACACCUAGACAAAGACAAAGCCAAAGACAAAGACGUGAAUUUUGAAGAACAAAAAAUCGAAGCUUCUCAAGAUGGAGACGAAGCUGAAGCUGAAGCUGAAGAUGACGAUGAUUCUGAAGCAACCCCAUCUUCUACUUCUCAAGAUAAACCUGCAUUUGUCUAUGUAGAACUGCCAGAAAUUCGCAAAGAUGUGCAGUGUCCGAUUUGUUUAGGGAUCAUAAAGAAAACACGAACUGUGAUGGAAUGCCUGCACCGUUUUUGCAGGGAAUGCAUAGACAAGUCAAUGAGGCUAGGGAACAAUGAAUGUCCUGCUUGCCGCACACACUGUGCCAGUCGGCGUUCUUUGAGAGAUGACCCGAACUAUGAUGCCCUAAUUGCUGCUUUAUAUCCUGAUAUUGAUAAAUAUGAAGAAGAGGAAUUGGCCUUUCAUGAAGAAGAAAGAACUCGCAAUAAGCAGAUUCAAGCAUCAAUUGCCCAAAUAUUUCAAAGACAAUCAGAAGCACUGGUUAAGAGACGCACACAGGGUAAAGAUACACUUGGUGCAUUUAUGACAAGACCGCAGCGAAAUUCUCGUAGUGCUCAUUUUAGACUGAGAAGAAACUGCCGAGGCACUGAACACCAGGGAUCUGAAGACAAUGAGGAUGAUCAUGAUGAUAAUGCUGGCAAAGAAUCAUCUUCUACUGAUGAGCGCUGUACAGAAGUUCGGCCUAGAAGGCGUAAGAGACGACGAGGAACUUGGCCAUCCCAGCCUUCAACAUCAGCAGCAAACUCAGAUGGUGCAUGCAUUGAGAAUGAUAUAGAAGUGGGUAGAGAUAGUAGAGGAAUAUCUCCUGGACUUGUUUGGAACCCGGAAAUGCUUGCUUGGGGCAGGGGCGGUGCUCGGAGUAACACACGACAUGGCAAUGCUAGUGGUUGUAAUAAUAAGAGUUUGCGAAGUGCCCGCUUAAAUAGGCUGGUAGAAUAUCUCCGGGGAUUACAUGAAAAUAAUGAUGAGCUAGAUGUUUAUCUCAGGCUUGUUUCUCUGGACAACCAAAGUACACCAAGUUUGCAGCAGCCUUACCUUUGUUGUCGGCCCACUUUGUCAGUUAAAAAGCUUUGUGAAUAUGUCUCACUCCAGACACCUUUGCGAGCGGAGGAAGUUGAAAUAUUGGUAGUAAAAGAGCAACUCAAUACCAUUGGUAACCUGUCCACCCCAAAUCCUUCAACAGAUAAGCUGCAGAUUUUGGAAGGCCAAGAAACUUUGGCAGGGCUAAGAGUCAAUUGCACUUCCAAUAAGGAUCAUCUGAUUUUAGCAUAUAGGCGGAAGCAGAGUAGCUAGCAAAGUUUUUGGGAGUUACAGAUACGAAGGUCUGACUAAUUUGUUUGAUGAAGAUUGUAAUGUAGUGUUACAAUCUCAAGACAUCUCAUCAAUUGAAGCAUUGUUUUCUGAUCUUUCCACCUGUAUGGAGAGUUAAAUUAACCGUUUAAGCAUUAUUUUCUCAUGAAUGGAUAAAAAUUCCCUUUGUUUAUUAAUUUGGCCUGCAAUUUUUGACAUUGAAAGUUUUGAAGUUGUAUUCACUUUGAAAGUUAAUUUCAGAUUUG